GUAUUUUUCUGGAUUCCCCGCGGGCUUUCAUCCAAUCAUCGAGUCGCAACUUAUUGUUGCUUAUAGAAGCAGCAUAUUCCGAACUCUUGUAAAUAAGACAGUUUAAAUUUCACAAAAUGUAUAGUGCAUUUUUUUCGAUUUGAGAACAUUAUUUACAUUCAAUGCGGACAAAGCAGUUGGAAGCAAAGCGCUCUGUACAGCCGUUUCUGCAUCGUUGUUUUAACUUACAUUUUUAUGUAAACCGCGAGUAACGUGACAUGCUGCGCAUGUGUGGUGUAAGUUGAAAGAAGAACAAACUAAUGUUAGAAUGUGUGUAAAGAUGCAUAUAUACAUACACACACACAUAUAUACGUGAGUUCAUUACCUACGUUGAUAAUUUUUGCUCAACAUAUAUGCGGCGUUACGUAAAGGAUUAAAUAUAAUUUAAAUAAAAGUCAAUUCUUUGGCCUCUAGAUUCUAACUUUGACUGGGAGAUAAACUCACAUUGCAUAUAGAUCCGGGUACAGAAUGUAAAGAGGAAACAAAAGAUAAAACAGACGUGAUCGCGUAGCGAUGAGUUUUUGAUUGUGUGCUUACGUAACUAAUCGAAGAAUAAUAACGCGUUAUAUCGAAAGGAUAGAUCAAUAUAAUUCUUUGGCUUCACUUUGAUGGGUCGCGAUGAUACUUUUCACACAUGGACAAUCAUAAUCGUGAUGACUCAUCAGAGAUAUGAGGAUUCCCCAGAUCUUCCUUUUUACGCUGCAAUAUAAUUAUCCAAGAGGGGAUACUUCACGCGCACUGUUUGUUUUUCCUUCUUGCGUUCGUCGGCCCAUGGAUGUGCCGCAAACCGAAUGACACGAUCCGACUCACGGUUGCUGUGCGGUAGUAAAGUGCCCCACCAUCCGAGAACGUAUUUUCAAUACAGAAAUAAUAAGCAUUUAUCCAGACACUUCCAGAGAAGAAUUCGGUCUUAGUCUUUAUCUCUGCAAAGAGAUGCGGUAAGUUCGUGAGGAUCUCUCAAAGUUCUCAGAACAAACACACCGAAUGAUCCAAAGUGAGCGAUAAAGUAAUGUGCGCGAUAGUUAUACGCAGAAAUUGGCGUCACCUGAGUUUAAAAUCCGGUUGACGAAACGGCAUGUGAAUGCGACUCGCUAUCACUAGUUUGGUGGCUGAAUAAUUGAGGUGCAAAGUGAAUGAAUACGCAAGUUGUGCACAAGUGAAAACUAUUGAUUUGUGUAUUGUUAUCGAUUUAUCUCACGCAAAGUUUAUCCUUUUCAGCAUAAUAGCCUGAAAACAUAAAUUAAUACAAGAGUGAUUUCACGCGCGCACUCUUUUGUGUAUGCGCGUUCACACGAUGAUUAAGAUUUCUAUCUUAAUCGCAUUGCUGCUUUGUACAUUAGCACAAAUAUCCGGACAAUCUUCGUGUUCUCAGUACUUUUCGUACAUAACUAAUCCUAUUUCAAAAGAAGUGAUGGGACAAAUACAGAUCCCACCUCCACCAAAAAAUGUUCCGCUUCAUUUGAAAAUGAGCUUAAGCAUCGCCGUUAAGCUGCCUACGAGAUAUGUUGGUCAACUGGAACUGGCUCAAUCAAAAGAAGAGUCUGUCCGAAUAGUACAACAAAGCAGACCACUGCUAUAUCAUAUCUAUUUUCCUUUGCGUCGACCGCUUCCACAAGUGACCGGGAUAUGGUUCAAUGAACAGCAAUAUUGUACGGGAUCUCGCGCGGUGGGACAGAUAGUAACUUCUAUCACCUUGGAGCACACUUUGUACCCGCCGACCAUCGUGCCGCUGUCCUACAAUCCUUAUUUCAAUUCACCCUAUUCCGUGCCGAAUCAAAAACCAACAUCACGUCCUACGCAACCUACUAUUCAACGUCCAACAAAGUCUACUCCGAAGUCUACCGUCAGUCUCUCCGAAGGAAUAGACCGAAAUGUGUUUCUGAAUCCUUCGAUCCAACAAAACAGUAACGAAUGCGGAAUUAGCACUACUACCAAUAUUAUAAAUCCGCUUAUCUCUAAGGGUGAGACGACGUUGCCUGGCCAAUGGCCUUGGUUAGUGGCAAUUUUUGUCGUAAGGCUUGGUUUUGAUUUUCAAUGUGCCGGUUCCAUUCUGACCAAUAAACACGUUGUAACAGCGGCUCACUGUUUCAAAGUGGAUUCCCAAAGCAACGUAAACAUCCCUCCUAGCGCAAUGUCCGUAUCUUUAGGUCGAUAUCGACUGCGCGAUUUUCGCGAGGUAGGAUCUGUAAACCGCGAGAUUGCCAGCUACACGCUCCAUCCUGAUUACACGCACCAGAAGAACGGCGAUUCCGACCUGGCAAUACUGGUUCUAAGAACACCCGUCACGUUUAAUCCUAGAAUCAGACCCAUUUGCAUGUGGUCGGGUCCGGCUGAUCUUCAGAGUGUUGUUAACAAAUCAGGAUAUGUAGUAGGAUGGGGCCGCGACGAGUUCGGUAACGCUUAUCUCGCGGAACCAAGAAUGACCAGAGCGCCAAUAGUUAGUCAGGAGGCGUGUCUUCGGAGCGACGCCCAAUUUGUCCACUUUACAUCCGAUCGUACUCUUUGCGCUGGUUCACGAGAUGGAAGUGGUCCUUGCAACGGCGACAGCGGGAGCGGUUUAGUGCUUCACGAUGCUAAAACAGGCCGUUAUUACUUACGCGCUGUUGUUUCGCGAUCGUUGUUCGAUCGCAACGGGAUGACCUGCGAUCUCACGAAAUAUGUCGUAUUCGUCGAUGUGGCCAAGUACAGGUCCUGGAUUCAACAACAGAUCUCCAUUACGUAACUACUUGUGUCAUUUUAUUGUAAAUACAAGAAAAAAGUACUAUAAGUAGACAAGCUUUUCGAUACAAUACUCUUUAUGCGAGACUACGACAAUAAUUAAAGAAACAUGCAAUAUAUAAAGUUGCAGUAGUAUAUGAAUUUCAUUUUUAACUUUUUAUACGUUACUUCCUUUUUUAGUGUAUAUAUUAAGAGUUACAAGUACGAAGCGGCAACAAAAAAAUUACACUUGGGAUAAUAUUCAAAAAUAAACUUGUGUUAUUCUUUACAAUUUAA